GUGACGCGAGCGGGCUUCCGGGGGCGACCGGGAAAAGCGAGCGGCUGCGGCGGCGGGGCGGCUGGCGGGUCGGGAAGCUGCACGCGUCAGCAUCUGUGGGCGACGCAAGUUCCGGACCUGGUUCCAGCGUCCUCACUCAGGACUGUCGCCGCUCUUACCUCGCUGCAGGCUGUCUGUCUCUCCCGACUGUGCCUCUUGUGCCCGGAGCUUUCCGAGGGCGUCCGCUCCUCGCCUCUGUGGUGGCACCCUUCUCUCGUGAAGCACUCCCCCCAGCUCCAUGAAUGGAAAUCGGCUCCGCAGGACCCAUUGGGGCCCAGCCCCUAUUCAUCGUGCCCAGAAGACCUGGGUAUGGCACUAUGGGCAAACCCAUUAAACUGUUGGCUAACUGUUUUCAAGUUGAAAUCCCAAAGAUUGAUGUCUACCUCUAUGAAGUUGACAUCAAACCAGACAAGUGUCCUCGAAGAGUGAACAGAGAAGUAGUUGAUUCAAUGGUUCAGCAUUUUAAAGUGACUAUAUUUGGAGACCGUAGACCAGUUUAUGAUGGAAAAAGAAGCCUUUAUACAGCCAAUCCACUUCCUGUGGCAACCACUGGGGUAGAUUUAGAUGUUACAUUACCUGGGGAAGGUGGAAAAGAUCGACCUUUCAAGGUGUCAGUCAAAUUUGUGUCUCGAGUCAGCUGGCACCUACUACAUGAAGCACUGGCUGGAGGGACUUUGCCUGAGCCACUGGAAUUAGACAAGCCUGUCAGCACUAACCCCGUCCAUGCCGUUGACGUGGUGCUCCGACAUCUGCCCUCUAUGAAAUAUACGCCUGUGGGGCGUUCCUUUUUCUCAGCUCCAGAAGGAUAUGACCACCCUCUGGGAGGGGGCAGGGAAGUAUGGUUUGGAUUCCAUCAGUCUGUUCGGCCUGCCAUGUGGAAAAUGAUGCUAAAUAUUGAUGAUAGAGACCUCUGGCAGCAGUUUGGAGAAUAGAUAGAGGAAAAAGGCUAAUCUGAGAAGCCAGUAAAGGGCUUUUCAAUCACUAGUUCAGUUUCUGCCACUGCCUUUUACAAAGCACAACCUGUAAUUCAGUUCAUGUGUGAAGUUCUUGACAUUCACAACAUUGAUGAACAACCCAGACCCCUGACUGAUUCUCAUCGGGUAAAAUUCACUAAGGAGAUAAAAGAAAAUACAAGAUGUACAGAACAAGGAUUCAGCUGCUGCCCGGAGAGCAUGGACUCGGUCUUAACUUCAACUGCUCAGGGGCCCAAAGAAAUGACUGAAAAGUUGACUAGAAAGCAUUAUAAAGUUGAUGUUAGAGUGAAGGUCUGAAAGUUGAAGUGACUCAUUGUGGAACAAUGAGACGGAAAUACCGUGUUUGUAAUGUAACGAGAAGGCCUGCCAGCCACCAAACCUUUCCUUUACAGCUAGAAAAUGGCCAAACUGUGGAGAGGACUGUGGCUCAGUAUUUCAGAGAAAAGUACACGCUGCAGCUGAAGUACCCACACCUUCCCUGCCUGCAAGUGGGGCAGGAGCAGAAGCAUACAUACCUGCCACUAGAAGUCUGUAAUAUUGUGGCUGGGCAAAGGUGUAUCAAGAAACUAACGGACAAUCAGACUUCUACAAUGAUAAAGGCAACAGCAAGAUCUGCACCAGAUAGACAAGAGGAAAUUAGCAGAUUGGUAAGAAGUGCAAAUUAUGAAACAGAUCCAUUUGUUCAGGAGUUUCAGUUUAAAGUGCGGGAUGAAAUGGCCCAUGUGACAGGACGUGUACUUCCAGCACCUAUGCUCCAGUACGGAGGACGGAACCGGACAGUAGCCACACCCAGCCACGGAGUAUGGGACAUGCGAGGAAAACAGUUCCACACAGGAGUCGAAAUCAAAAUGUGGGCUAUUGCUUGCUUUGCCACACAGAGGCAGUGCAGAGAAGAAAUACUAAAAGGUUUCACAGACCAGCUUCGGAAGAUUUCCAAGGAUGCAGGGAUGCCCAUCCAGGGUCAGCCAUGCUUCUGCAAAUACGCACAGGGGGCAGACAGCGUGGAGCCCAUGUUCCGGCAUCUCAAGAACACCUACUCAGGACUGCAGCUCAUUAUCGUCAUCCUGCCCGGGAAGACACCAGUGUAUGCGGAAGUGAAACGUGUGGGAGAUACACUUUUGGGUAUGGCCACACAGUGUGUACAAGUCAAGAAUGUAAUAAAAACAUCUCCUCAAACUCUUUCAAACUUGUGCCUAAAGAUCAAUGUUAAACUUGGAGGAAUCAAUAAUAUUCUUGUACCUCAUCAAAGACCUUCUGUGUUCCAGCAACCAGUGAUCUUCCUGGGCGCAGAUGUCACACACCCGCCUGCUGGUGACGGAAAAAAGCCCUCCAUUGCUGCUGUUGUAGGUAGUAUGGAUGCCCAUCCAAGCAGAUACUGUGCCACAGUAAGAGUUCAGAGACCCCGACAGGAAAUCAUCCAGGACUUGGCCUCCAUGGUCCGGGAACUGCUCAUCCAAUUUUAUAAAUCAACCCGAUUCAAACCUACUCGUAUAAUCUUCUAUCGGGAUGGUGUUUCAGAAGGACAGUUCAGACAGGUAUUAUAUUAUGAGCUACUGGCAAUUCGAGAAGCCUGUAUCAGUUUGGAAAAAGACUAUCAACCUGGAAUAACCUACAUUGUUGUUCAGAAGAGACAUCAUACACGGUUGUUCUGUGCUGAUAGGACAGAAAGGGUUGGAAGAAGCGGCAACAUCCCAGCUGGAACCACGGUGGAUACCGACAUUACUCACCCAUAUGAAUUCGACUUUUAUCUCUGUAGCCAUGCUGGAAUACAGGGUACCAGCCGUCCUUCACACUAUCAUGUUUUAUGGGAUGACAACUUCUUUACUGCAGAUGAACUUCAGCUGCUCACUUACCAGCUCUGUCACACUUACGUACGCUGUACAAGAUCUGUUUCUAUCCCUGCACCAGCAUAUUACGCUCACCUGGUGGCAUUCAGAGCCAGAUAUCAUCUUGUGGACAAGGAACAUGACAGUGCUGAAGGAAGCCAUGUUUCAGGACAGAGCAAUGGGCGAGAUCCACAAGCUCUUGCCAAGGCUGUACAGAUUCACCAAGAUACCUUACGCACAAUGUACUUCGCUUAACAAGUCCAAGUUUAUUCUCCGUGACAAAGAGAUGAAAAGUGAAUCAACAUACAAUGUAUGUUUCCAAUGGAGUCAAUUUGCUGGGGAGGCCUCCAGCCAUACAGAAGCCAGUACUAUGUAGAGGUCAGGUCCUUAUGUUGAUCCAAGGAAAAUCGUUUACACUGUCAAAGAACGCAGCACCAUUGUACACUAGGGAGCCAGCCGCUGCUUUUUUGCAGUCUCCUGUAGAAGAUGCAUCACCAUUGUUUAUUCUCACUUCUUACAGUCUAACCCUUUUAAUGCCUUUACCUCAAGUUGCUUAGCAGCACAACUAUCUCUGCAAAAAAGUAAAGAAAAAUUGAAUGGUGGUUUAAAAACACACAAUUACACAAAUAAUGAUUGUUCAGUUAUAUGUGCAGAAAAAGUAAUGUGCAUCUAUUCUUGUAAAGGAGUCUGUAUUUUCAAUACCCUCACAUUACUUCAUGUGCAUAUGUAUCUAGAUCUAGGUUACUGAUGUAUAUGUGUCUGUGUGUAUAUCUUAUAGUUCAUUUCCCUGGAGAACUCUUUCCUUGUAUCCCUCCUUAGGCCGCACUCGUUUCCUUUACUGUCUCCCUUGCCUUCAGCAUCUAUACUUUGGUCCCUAUAGCUACAAGUGACAUUCCUAUGUUCACACAUAUGGUUCACUUGAAGGAAGGUUUGACAAAUUAGACUUCUGGUUUUCUUUAUGUCCCUAUUCCUAGCUCCUUUCACUCACACAGGAGUCCUCAGCUCCUGACGCCAUGUUUGUGAGCGUCUGCUCCCUUUUGCUCUGGAUUUACCACAUGUGCACUGUGUUUGGAAACAGUGGCAACCUGGGGAUUCUUUUUUGUAGUGAGUUUGUUAAAGCUGCUCUAAAUACGAAACCUUGUCGGACAUCUUUCUGAUCAGUGCAAAUGUUCUAAAGCCUCUGUUUGUAUGAGUUAUACCUGGAAAUCCCUCCAAAACUCGAUAGGAUGGAAAAAGGAAGGAAUUAGGGUUGGUUUGGUUUGUUUUUUGCUAGUUUACUCACUGCCCUUAUACCUUAAUGUGAUUUUCUCACAUAUAAAUAUAUACAUACACACACACACAUUGAAGUAUAGCUCCCUUUGCCUUUAUGUUCAUUAGAAUAGUGCUUUAAUAAUUAUAAACUAUAUAGGCUAUAUCUUUUCUAGAACUAGAAUCGUGUUUAAGAAUGGAGACAGUUUUUUGCUCUCUUUUAGUGCAAUAAGCAGUUUUACAGGAAAGUUCUGUCUGUCAUCCUCACCGUGGAUAGCAGGAAGAACAGACAUCCGUAGUUUAAAGGGAACAAAGUAAUACAGCCUUAAUUUCAGAAGGAGAGCUUCAUAAUUUUCAGUUUUAAAGCAAUUCCUUAAAAUAAUUUUAGCCAAAGGAGUAAAACCGAUCAAAGGCGCCUCAGCUGUGAGGUCAGAAGCAUAGUUGAACUUAAGUUUUUAAAAAUGACAGUGAACAGCUUAAGAUUUAAAUAUUCUUUCUUACUUAUUGAAGAAUUGUGCUUCUUUGACUAACAGGAAUUGAGAAAAUACAGGAUGAUUUUUUUCUAUCUUUUUACCAGUAUAACUUUCUCUUUAAAAAUAAGAUGGCAAUGAUGAAGGAAAUUAGGACUUUGGUCAUUUAAAAUUAGUAAAAUUUCCGAAAUACAGUGAAAACUUUGCAAAAACUUAGUUUUCUCCACUUCUUUAAUCAAUAACCUUAAUAACGUUGGAGCUGUCAAAGCUGAGUGUCUCAGUAAUGGCAGGUUCAGGGAACUUUGCACUUUGUAAGUCAUGAACAUUGCAUGUGAGUUUUCUCUGUUGUCCCCACCCUGGCUCUGAGGACAGACACUACAGAUGUUUGUGGAAUGCACUGUCGGCCUUUCAGAAGCCCCACCCCGCCAUGAACAGGAAUGCAGUUAUGUCUUCAUUUGCUCUCUUUAGUCCACAUUGUAGCCAAUUUACUACAUUUCAAUAUAAAAUCUGAGCCAUGUCCUACAGGCAUGAAUUCUUCUGUCCCUUUGCCAGAACAUAAAGAAAGUACUGUAUUUUAUAUUUUUAUUGCUUGAAGUAUCUAAAAUUCGAUUCUCAAUACUGUUUUAAAGCUGUUUACUGUUUACAAAGGAUUUUCAUGUGGUUUAUACAUUUUUCUCCUUCCAAAAUAUUCCCAUCUCAACCCUGGCAAAAGAAAACUCCUUACAACAUAUUUGGGGUGGGUUGGUUUGCUUGCUUGUUUUGGAGACAACGUCUCUCUCUAUUGCCCAUGCUGGCCUCCAACCCCUGGGCUCCAGCAGUCUUCUUAACCUCUCUGGUAGUUGGAACCAUUGGGCUCCUUCCAUCAUGCCUGGCUGUCGGGGAGCAUGGCCAAAAGAAUAGAGUGGUGCAGGCUCCAUGGUAAAAGUCUUUGCCUGGGUUGUGUUUGCUCAGUAGAAGUAAACAUGUUUUUCAGCCCCUGCACAUUCACAUGAGGAGCUUUAGGGAGUCGCAUGGGCCCUGUCCCUUUCCUGACCUUUGGUCUCACACAUGCCAGAGUGAAGCCCUUACUUUUAAUUCUUAUUUAAAAGGAUUUUUUAAGGGGAAGAAUUUUUUUUCUAAAAUAUAAGGUUUUAUCUUUUAAAUGGCUUCUUUUUUAGAAUGCAUUUAUAUUAUUCAGUCUUGCUAGUUUAAGAUAAUUAACUUAGGAUAUGUAUAGUGUAUUUCUGUUUUGCCUACUAAUAAAUUGUUAUACCAAACUUAAUGCCAACAAACUUUAUGCUUAGAAUUUUAAGAUUAAAAGGCCUAUAGAAAAUACUUCUUGAAAUUUAUACUAUUUUUCCAUUUCUGGUUAGAAUUCCUAAUCUUUUUCUUAAGUUCCUUUCAGUUUAAACAUCAUGAAGCCAUAGUAACAUUUCUCCUCUACCGUACUCUUGCUCCUAGCUGAUGAAUGUCAGCUUGUGGGGUUUUUUUGUUUUUUAUGGUAUGGCUUAUAAAACUGACUAAAAUGUCAAUCUGAACAACUUAUAGAAUCGAUUCUCUUGUUAAGAAGAGUUGAGAGUUUAAUGUAUAUUCUUGAUGGCAAAUGUGUCUGUAGAGUGUGCAUGUUACAUGUCUAUAUUACAGUAUCUAAGCACUGGCAUUGAUACCAUAUAUUAAUAAUUCUGUAGCUGCUAUAUUUAUUGAGGCAGAGUCUGACAUUUACUGCACUAAACAAUGAGACAAGCAAGAUGCCAGGCAGUCAGACACUUUUGGUUUCUUAGGUAAGUUUAAGGACAUAAAACAUGAAGGUAACGAACAGCGGGUACUUGAAACAGUGCUGGCUUCAGUUUAGUAACAGAAUACCUUUGCUUUAGAAACGUGGGGUUUUUACAUUGACAUCCACAUGAGGGUCUUCAGUCUUCUCAGUCCUGGGCUUGGGCACAUUUCUACAUAAAUACGGAUGACCUUUUAUUUUAUUAAUAGAUAAUUAUCUUUUAACAAUUUUCCAGGAAAAAAUAGUCUGGAAAUACCUCUGCUUAUGACCUAUUAGUUUAUUUUUGUUCCUAAAGAGAAUCUGGAAGGGACUCCAGUAGGAAUGUUCUAUGUGUUUUGGAAGGCAUUUGAUAAAGAUUCAUCUCUACCUUCUAGCAGAGAGACUCCUCACCUUCAAAAGACCCAACAACUUUUCUAAGCCAGGCUCUCUAUGGUGCCAGUAGCCUAAUAAUGACUUUCAUCGUGUCUUGUAGAUCGCAGGGUGGCAAGUGUGUCUUGGGGAAUUAAAACCAGAUGCUGCUGAGUAGAAAUGGCUCGAGAUCUCAGUCACAGGCGGUGUGAGCACUUGGAGCCCAGCCAUAGAAGUGAAGCCCAGAGAGCUAUCCAUCCAAAACACGUGGUGGGCCUUUCAGAUGCUUAAUUCUUAGGAAAUUCACUUUGGACACUGGUAGAAUAGUUUGUUCCCUUUCUGAUUAAAAUUUUUAGAGUAAUGUUUUGCCAGGAAGUUUAACUGACAUCUCUGCAUAAUUUUGACUGGGUGUCAGUAAACUAAGUUAUAUGUUCAGUUAAGCCAAGUUAAGGUACACCUAUAAGCCCAGCCCUCAGGAGCAUCAGUAAUUCAAAGCCAGCCUCAGCAACAUGAGACCAUGCCUCAAAACACAGCAAACACUUUGUUUACCUCAGCCCUGCAGGUAUUCUCCUGCUGCAGUUCCGUGUAGUUCACUUGUCUCUUAGAAGUUGUGUGAGUGCCUCAAAGAAAGACAGCUCACUUGUCAACAUUCGUGAAGUGUUGGUCCCUUUCAUCCUUUUUGAGAAUUCAUAGAUAUUUUCGAAGCUUUAAUAAAAAUAGCUGGAGAACUUAACUUGAGUGAGGUCUUCCUGAGUCUUGUUAUAAUCCUGACUUGAGUAUCUUCAUUUUCCUUUCCACUUAACACAGAAUAUUUCUGUGAUUCUAUGAGUCAAAAACUAAGCCAGGAAUACUUAUGUAAAGGUCAAUACAGAGGACAAGGGGACGGCUAAGCAGGUAAAGGCACACCCCUGCAAGCCUGAAAACCUGAGCUCAAUCCUUGGAACCCAAACGGUGGAAAGACAGAACCAGCUCCCAUAACUUGCCCUCUGACCUUCAUACACAUGCCAUGGCACCACCCAUCGGGCUCAAGCACACGGGCGUGCGCGGGCACACACACACUCACGCGUACUUUUAAAUGUAAUUUUUAAGUCUAUAGAAAUCAGAAAAGCAGCUGGGUUUAGUGCUUGCCUGUGAUCCUAACCAGAAGAUCUGGAGCUCAGGACCAGCCUGGGCAGUUUGUCUAGGAUACAUAGUGACACUGUGUCCCCCGACUUUGCCAACCCCCUGCCCCCAAAAAGAAAAACACAAGACAAAAGAAAUCAGAGAGAACUGCCUCUAAAACAUAUUGGCAAUGAUAAAUAUGCUGAUUCGUUAAACCCAGGCUGAGUCCCAGGGAAGGACGGUGGUUAUAUAGCAAUAAAAUAUAUCACAAAGGAAAAAAGAUUACAACAUUAGAUUUUAUGCUUCUAAUUUUCCCUGUAAGUCAGCAACUCUAAGAUGAGCAAGGCUCCUGUUGAUACAGUCCAUGGCCAGAUGAAGUGUACUUCACCCAUCAAAAGGAGUGCCCCAGAGUUUUCUUAAGAAUCUUUUGUUCUUAAAGCAUGAAAGUUAAUGACUUCAGCUUUAAUGGGGAUGGCGAACCCCAGGGUGAAGAGUUGGGUUCCCAGUAGAAGACCAUGAUAAAACAAAUGACAAAAUAAAUAAAAUAAAUAAAACAGAUGACAAAAUUAGGAUCUUCUCAAAUCGCCAGCCAGCUAGUGGGUCCCCUUCCUUUUUUAAAUCAGGGUCUAAGGUCACCAGAGCCUGCUGUUGUUUUAGGGUCUGAGUAAAGAGGUUUUCAGGGUAGACACUGGGUCAUUUUUUUUAAAAAGCAAGGUGGUUCUCAGAAAGUGCCUUUUUUGAAGAUGGUGCUGUAGAUUUUUAUUUUUCAAAUAAUAUAAAGCUAAACUUUUUUAGGAUAAUUGAGAAUACCAAGAAGAUGUCAGUUUCAUAUAAAUAGUGUUAUCUGUUGUCCUGAAUUUGGUCUAGAGAACCAAGCGAACUCUGUAAUCACGUGUCUAAGUUAAUGCUCACCGAAUUAGUUUUGUAAGUUUGAACAUAUAAUGUUUAAUUCUCAGCUAUGUUUGAAGUGUCUAUGACAUAUAUAAGAUAACAGAUGCUAUAGUAAGUGCCCCAGGGUAAAGGAACCAUGGCAGGAGCUGUGUACAAGAGGAGCCUCUUCCUCUUCCGGUUCAGCACAGGUUACCUCCCGCCCUAACCUUUCCUGAUGACUCAUCUUUAAGGACAGUGCUUACAAAGGAAGAGCUCUGUCACUGAGACCAGUUUAACCUAGAAAGCAACAGGGCAGCCCAGGCUUUAGGGAGAUUAUGGUUUUUAGACAGUAAUGACUAUUUUAAACGAUUCCUGGUUUUUAGGGUGGAAGGACAGUGGAAAAUGUCAGGAAGAGGGCAUGGUCGAUUAUUUAACAAUAGAUCACAGUCUUGGAAGAGUAGGCAUGCUUGCUUAGCAUAUGCAAAGCCCUGAUUUCAUCCCUAGCACUAGGGGAAGAAAAAAAAUGCAGUUUGGGCUGUAGGAAUAAGCAAAGUGAAACCAUUCAAGCCCACUAGGAACUCAGUCAUCUGUUAGGAAGCUAGCAGCUUUUUCUUACAGCAAGAAGCAGUAAACAGCUAAAUGACCAACUGAACCAAUUCCUGCUUGUGAAUUUAGUGACCAUUCCUCCAGAAGAUAACCAUACUAAAAACACACAGAAUCCCACCCCCACCCCCCCAGUAACCUUGUCUGCAGCAUUAUGUAAGAACAUCAGUAACAUUGCACUGACCGUCUGGGGUGAACUCUGGCUGUUCGCACAUUAAACUUGUUCAUUUUUAUAAUGUCUUAAUAGCAAUUAUUAGUUUAUUUUUAAGAUUGUUUUUUAAUUUUUCUAUAGUGAUGUUUAUAUGUAUUGGCAGUUUGUGUGCAACUUUUGCACUUUGCCCAGAUGUUGGGUUUAAGGUCUUUUAUUUUUAUAGCUAUAUCUAGCUUUUCGCUUUCGUUGUGAUAUUAGCAGAAAUUGAGAUAGCAUGUUAAUAUAUCAACCAAACUACUAAUUCUAUAGAGUUUGGAUUUUUACCAAUAAACCAUUAGCACUAUUUUCUACUUUAGAAUAUUUAGUAUUUUACACAAUGGGCAUUAAAGACAGCCUUUAGGUGAGUUUCUACAUGUAGAUAGGACGGAGGGCUUCUCUGUGCGUUAGGUUUGGGUUUUCUCCUUCAUUUGGGAGCAAACAAGCAUUAAUAAACUGGAUUUAUUUUACCUAAUUGCAGUUUGAGGGAAGUUGACAAAUAAAAGAUUAUUUGGUUUUUUUUUUUUUUUUUUAGCUUGAGGCACAUUGCUCAAGAUUGUGAUUCAUUUUUGUAGUAAGGAAGACAAAUGGAAAAGGAUAUAUAAGUUGUUGAUAAUUAAUUUCCAAAUGAGGUUUUUCUACCCAUAAUUAUUUGGAAGAUUUGCUACCCUGAACUUUCCUAGAAUAGUUUUAAAGUUGGUUCAGCCCUGAGUAUCAGUGAAGAAAGAGUGUAGGUAUCUGGGAAGAGCAAAGCCAGAAUGAUAAAAGUAUUUCCGCUGAUUAAAACUGACCUCAGAGGGCCUGAAGUGAUAGUCCAGGACUUUAAUUGCAGCACUUAAGAGGCAGAGGCAGGCUGACCUCUGUAAAUUCCAGGCCAGCCAGGGCCACAUAGUGAGACCUUAUCUCCAAAAAUACAAAACAAAACACCAAAAACAAAAUAAUAACCUGAACUAAUUGAAAAGCAAUAAAAAGUAUGAUUAUAGAAUAUUAAUUUCAAGUACAUACAAUCAUUGCAGUUUUUUAGUAGAUCAGUCUCCUUUAUAUUGGCACAUUAAUUCCUUUAAAUAUAAGAAUAUAAAAAAUAUGUAUUCUCUUAAGAAGGUAAAAUAUUUCCAUUAUAUUUUUACACUCCUACUUUGCUUGCUAAGGAACUUUUUCUUUCCUGUGAGAAAUGAAAAGAGAAUGUUUAUCCGUUCUUGAAUUUUUAAAUAUAAAACCGUUGAGGCUCAGUGCAUUUCAUUUCCCUCACUAUAUUCUGUUCUCCCAGCGAGAAGGGGGAAAUGGGAAGGCUUUAGGUACUUGCAAAUCAGAAGGUAUUUUUUAUAGAAGGUAAAAACACACUGUAAACUGAAUCAGCAUGUGAUUUCAUAUAUAUGCUAAGUCAUUUCUUUCUGCAUUCUUCUGGUUACAUACUUUGCUUUCUAACUAACGUACCUUCUGAGCUCACUCCUUCCUUCACCCACAAAGUGUUCACUGAAUGUCAGCAUGCUGAUUGGACGAGCUUGUUAACUGUUAAGGAGAGACUGGGUCAAGUGGCUCUUUUUUUUUUUUCCCAGCCAGUAUAGCUAGGUCACCUUGACCACUGUAUCUUCAAUUUUAUUGUAUGUCAGCAUUGUUCCAAGUAGAUGGGCAUAGCAUCCUUUUACACUAAUGUUCUUGAGGCUGUCUGAAAUCCAGUUUUCUUUUCUGAAAGCUUUUGGGUACCUGAGCUUCUGUGGGAGGCUCCACACACCCAGAUACCUGGCAUCCAUCGGUGCCACAUCAACAAUGAAAUACUGGGUGGUUUGUUUAAGUUCACAGUCCACCUCUUCAGAGCCGAGUAUCUGUGCAGGGAAGUGUAGGUCAUCUAUAAAAGAACCUUCGAGAACAGUCCUGUGAGUAAAAAAUCUGUGCACCUUGCUCAGAAGGCUUCCCUGUGUUUGUUUUAUUCUUCCCAGUAAUGGACUAUGUGCACGUCUGUAAUUUUGUGUUUGCAGUUUAAGAGGCUAUAUCAGGCUAGGGAUGUAGCUCGUGGAGAAGACUGCUUGCCUCACAUGGUUGAAGCCCUAAGUUCAAUCCCUAGUGCUUCACAAACUGGCUUGGUGGUACAUUCCUGUAACCCCAGCACUCAAGAGGAUCAGAGUUCAAGAUUCUCUUUGAUUAUGUGCUGAGUUGGAGGCCGUCCUAGGAAACUUGCAUCUAGGCUUCAUCAGAGACUGGAUAGGGAAAUUAAUUAGUCUGGUAUUUCAUGCCAAAAGCUUUCAUCUUCAUGACUUUUGUUUGAAAAAAGAAAACAAAAAACAAAACUGCCUAGACUUAGCUGUUUGAUAAUCCUCAGCUGAAAGAAGGAAUGGUUCCAGUCUCGUAUGUGUGUGUGGCUCUACCCUUAUUGGAGGAUCCGUGGAAACAGGAAGGAAUCUAUGAAGACGCUGACCAGUAAAGCUGUGCAAGCAGGCAGUGAAGGGGAAUGGGGAGACAGUUUCCUUGCUGGAAUCCUAGAAACCAUGUGUUAGUAUUUCCCAAAUUCACAGAUAACAGAGCAGUUGCUGCUGUUUGACACAGAUGUCAAGGAAGGGUUUGUAUUAGCUCUUUGUCCCAAACCCAGAGCUGUGCCUGCUCUUGGCAAACUAACAUCUUAGACGUCACCUCUGCGUUAUAGUGAGGAGGUCCCGUGAAGUUGUUAUCCUUAAGUAGAAGCCUGGCGUUACUGUAACUUUAGUGGGUCUCUCCUUAGAAAACGCAUCUGAGCCUUGUCAGACUUUCCUGGGGAAAGCACUGGUGAGUCGGAAGGAAGGAAGGAUGUUGUUCAUCCGUUAGUGCAUCCAGUUUGCUCUCAAAGAGUUAGUAAGAGGAAGCUUUGGUUUUUAUAGCAAUACACUUGAUCUCUGGUGAGGACUAAUUGCAAACACCUCUUUUCACAGUCAGGGAGUGAUUCACUGUUGAUGAGAUGAGGGCCUGUAAGCCUGCAUAUGUGCCAGGUAUAGGCGAGCGGUGCACUUCAGGUGGCAAAGCACAUGCAUGGCAAACACAAACCCGCCCCGCCCCCGCCCCCGCCCCCGCCCCCUUCCAAGAAACAACCACCAAGAACAGCAAGCACAAACUGGUGGGCUCAUUUGUCUGAAAGUUUUCCAGGUGCCUUCUUAGCCCAGGGCACAACUUUUUCCUUUCUUUAAACACAGUGGUUUACAGGCAGUUUACAUAGGCCUCUACCAUGGGUGAAUAGUCUUUAGAAUAGUUGGGGAAGAAGGGCCAUUUGCCAGGACUUCCUGCUUGAUGAGAAGACUGUUUUAGCCAGGCAUGGUCACACAUACCUUUAAUCAAAACACACCAGGAGACAGGGCAAUCUCUGAUUUUGAGACCGAUUUAGUCUACGUCACAAGCUCCAGACCAAGAAAAAGAAAGUUCUGACUUAUUUUAGUACAUGGCUUCUUAAGUAUAUUUUUUAAAAAUAGGUUGAAUGGAUUAAUAUUAGACAAUUCCUUCUAAUUUACAUUUCUUGCUUUCUUAAACUAUUCAUUCCUCUUUCAUAUUUAUUUAUUUAAAGUUAUUAUAUAGAUAUAUUUAUCACAUUUGAUUUACUGGUGUGUAAAAAAUGCUAUACAAAAAGUACAUUUUUAGGGCCUAGAGAGAGAUGCUCAAAUGUUAAGAGCACUUAUUGUGCUGUCAGAACCAGAAUUCAGUUCCCAGCACCCACACUGACAGCUCACAAAUGCCUGGGACUCCAACCUCCCCCCACCCCGGGGGGGGUCUGAUGCCCCUCCUGGCCACAGUGGGAACAUAUGCACAUAAGUAAAAUAACAAAUUUAUACACACCAGGCAUGGGGUCAUACAUUUGUGUUUCUGAUCAGCCUGGGCAACAUAAGACCCUGUCUCUAGAAAAAGAAAAAAUUCAACCCAUCUCUAGUCAGGUGUGAGCUGUAACCAAUGUGACUGUUAAAAGGUCUCCCUAAAAGGGGGCUAUUAAGAAAUUAUUAUGCCUUUGAGAGUAGAAAGGUUGGCAGAGCAUAUGCCAGAGACUUGCCUGUCACUCACACUGGCUCUGCCACUCAUCUGUUCCGUGACCUCUGGCUUUUUCUUCCCCCUCUCUGCCUGUCUCCCUGGAGUGGUGGCACCUGCCCUCACCUACCUCACCAAGUCCCCUUGAGAAUCAGUUUGUGAAUAACCCUUGACUUCCCCCAGAGAAAAAGCUAUUCAGAAGUUCAGAAUGGUAGAGAGGGUCUGAGGGCUCCUUUCCUGUUGGUCUCUGUGAAAGUGUCUUCACUACGGCAGAUCGUUUUUAUGAGACAAGCAUGAGAGACAUGGAGGCAUCAUGAUGUGGUAUGUCCUAGCUCUUCCCCGCCAGAGGUCAGUGCGUGGGCACAUUUUUUUCUUUGUACUAACCGCUGGCAGAAACAUAAGUUUUCAAAACUAAAUUCCUUUCGGUGGUGCUAAAGUAGUUGCAGCUGCACUUUGAGUUACUGGGGAGGCCAUCAGGCUCCCAGAGUUUAUUGCCCCGUUGUCUCCAGGUGCCUGUGUUUCCUGUCCACCUCAGCUGCUGUUCUGCCAGGCCUUCCCCAGUGCUCCUUGGCAGAUACUUGGUCCGUUUCCCUUGGAGAGGUGGGUGGGUUCUAAGAGCAAAGUGUCCUGAUUUCACUUGUCACUUGGCUUCACCUUAAAAACUCCCACCAUCAUUUAUCUAUAAAAGUUAGAGCAUAAGCCAGACACCUCUAGUCCCAGCUCGCAGGAGGCUGCAGCAGGAAGAGCACAAGUUUGAGGCCAAGGCUACUUAGUGAGAUCCUCUCUCAAAAGUCAGAGAGACUGGCCAGCUGCAGGCGAUAUUAGAUGUACGACCCAUGUAUCCUACCAAGUGCAGGCAGGGCCCUUACCUUUCAACAGAAAACCCAUUUUCCUGUAAGGUAGGACUCCGGGUUCUAGGAAAGGCAUAUCACCACAGGUAUAAACAAUUCCUUUUUGCAACAGACGAGUUUGUUGCUUUUGGUUUUGUUUUUAAAGAAAAAUGAAUGUAUGUUAAGUAUACAGGGUAUGGAUGAAUUCAGUGUUUAUUCUUAUCUCUACUAAUAGUGACCUCUCGUUCUUUCAAGCAUUUGGGCCUUUCCAACUUCUUGCUGACAAAUAUGACAUCUGUUGUUAGUUGAAUAGAACAAUUAGAAAUACAAGGUGAGAAGUUGAGGAACUUUAUGCUUAAAAAUGAAAAAAAGCUAAGUGUGGUGACUCAUAUCAGUAAUCCCAGCCCUUGGAAGGCAGAAGGAUGGGAGGAUCAUCCAGGCCAGUCACGGCCAUGGAGCAAAACCUUGUCUCCAAAAAAGGCACCGUGUGCAGUGCAAUAGCUAACACUGAUAGAUCAGAACACUGUUAAAUGGUUUUUACUGUAAUGUGUAGCUUUAAUGUCUCUCUCCGUUAUGGACCCAUAAAAGUAUUACUGUAUCCUCUAAGUAUCAUUUUGUGAAUUAAUAUGUGGGUGCAUUUGUAGGCUGUGGAAAACAGUGCUGUUUGUAUGUAUGUAUGUAUAUAUAAAUACUUUAUAACACUCUAUGGAUUAAGUUUAAAUAAACAGAAUAAUAUGUUGUUUCUUUCAAGUUGGGAAGACUAACAUGGCAGUCUGACCAUUCUGUUGCACCCCUACCCCUCCCUCUAGAUUCCCUUCUCCCCAAAGCAUUGCUAACUGCUCCUGCUUCAGACAAUUGCUGCUGCUUUUAAACCCUGAGUAAUGGGUGAAGAACUAACAUUCUUAAAGGGACCUUUCUGAGGAGUGAACUGUAAAUUAUAAGACAUGUGGCGGGGGGGGGACACCUGCAAAACAUCCUCUACAUGGAUAGCCUUUUAAAUUUACCUUUUAAUCAUCUUGACCAUGUGUGCCUAUUUGUAUUACAGAUAUGAACUUCUAUUUCAGAGUUAACAGAAUGUUUUAAAACUGAAAUAUUACAUGAAUUCAGAGUAACCUUUCCCACCCUCUUCUACUCCCAGCUCUUGCCAAAUACUCCUACUGACACCAGAGAACAACAUGGGGUUCUGACCCCUUCCUCACCUUCCCUUCCUGCAGUAGCUCUGUCAAAUGCCUGAGCUCGCCUCCUAGUCUCCAUUGGCUUUUCAAAAGAAUAGUUUACUAUAGUAUUUAGACUGCAGCAUUUCAUAAUGUUUGUCUAGCUGCUGCCUUUUUACAUAUUUGGCUACACGCUAACACCGGGUUAGACAGUGGAGCAGGUCUGGUCUGUAAGUUACAUGGGAUCAGAAGCGAUACAGACUGAUGCUUGUCAGUCAUGUUUAAGAAGAGGAACAGGGACUCUCCUGGGGGUGGUUUAUGUGAUCACGUGUCAGAGUCACCAAAUGCUGAAUUCUCUCACUGUGUACUGGGGACCAGGCUCUGAUCUGUCAUGUUAACUCCUUAAAGAUGAUGUGUGAUUAUGAGAAGCAGAAAGCUAAUAAAGUUUUUAAUCAAAA